AUGAUUAUUUUAAAGAUAAUUGAUCAAUUUUAUGAGUCGACUGAUAGUGAUUUACAAUAUAUGAGUUUAAGAAAUGAGUUUACACUGAACGAUAUCGAUAAUGAUGUCUCGCUAUUAAUGAAUAAGCUUGUGUUGCCGAUUCUUUUACAGGAGACAAAUAUGGAUAUUAUCAACUUAGUAUGUUAUGAACUCCUUCCGCGAUUUAUUGAAUGUAUAAGGUCAAACUACAGUGUCAACAUGGAUGUGUUUAAGUUAAUUGAAAACAAAAUUUUAAAUCCAAUUGUGGCAAAUAUUAGAAUUGAAAACAGAUCUUUAAUUUUUCUUCAAUGCUUUAAAGUUUUAUUUAAUAAAAUCUCAAAUUUAAUUGAUAUCGAUCAAAAGGAAAGAAAUCGUACCGGAAAGUUCAACAUCUCUUCAAUGGUAGUUAACUCUGAUGCUUCAUUCGUUUUUAGGUUUUUAACAAAUAUCAAAGAAACUAAACUAAUUGAAACUGAGAAAUAUUUAUGUUACGAAGCUUUAAAUUAUCUGUUACCAUUAUAUUUUGAUGGACAUACUCAUUACAUACCUAAGGAUAUAUUGAUCACAUUAUUGAAAGAAUAUUCACGUGAGGAAUUGAUUAACCCUAAUGCCCAACUUUUAUUGAAUAACCUUUGUCGUCUUACAAGUCCUAUUGAAUUAAGUUAUGCUUCUGAACAUAUAGAUGAUUGUAUAUUGUUAGAGAUGUCAAAAUGUUGGUAUAAGUUUAAUAUUUUAGUUGAUGAGUAUUUCGAUUCAAGGUUACUUCCAAAACUGGAAAUCACCAAAAUAAUAGAUAAAUCAGAUUUUAUUAAUACUUUAACUAUUAUUAAUAAUUUUGAACCAUAUUAUUCAACGAGGAUUUUACAUAUUGGGUUACCAUAUUUGGCUCAAGAUAGUGUGAUACGUUUAAUGAAAAGUUGUAUAAGAUUAGUGAAUAUUCUAGAUAUUGAUAUUAGUGAGAGAAAACUCGAUAACGAUCUUUUGUCUAAGUCAAGUAAUCAUAUAAGUGACGAUCAAUACAAUAGCGAUAAAAUUACUAUAAAAUAUAGAAAUGGCGAGCGUUCUCAAAAUAAUCUCAAGAAGAAUGUAAUACAAAAUGAAGUUUCAAAGGAUGAUAAAUAUUUAGAGGAGUUAUCAUUAGCAACUGAUACAUACGAAUAUGGAAAUGACGACGAAGAAGAAGAAAGUAUUUUGAUGGAAGAUGAAUAUUAUGAUGACACAAAAAGAAGUAAAGAUGUAUCUGAUGGAGAUGAUAGUAGAUCGACAUAUAGUAAUGAAAUAGCCACCAGCGACGAAUUUGUUAACAUUGAAGAACAUGACAAUGAAGAAGAAAUCCAACAAGUAAGGUUAAUAAAAUCUAUGGUUUUAACCAUUCUUCAAAACUGUGAUAUAUCGUUACAAACAGAACGAUAUUUUAUGGAAAUGGAAGAUAUUUCCUUUUAUGCAUGUUUUAGAGAUAUGGGAUUAGAAGCAGAUAAGAAUGCUAUAGUCACACUAUUUAAAUUCCCAAAUGUCAAAGAAAUUAAUUUAAAAGCCAUUCUUACAGAUGAUAAUUAUUAUCAAGAAUAUUCAAAGGAUGAUAUUUUUUCUACGUUAGAUUAUCAAUCUGCAAGUUCUGUAGAUAAUUUAACAGGUUUACAAUUCUGUAUCGACAUAGUGGAGAAAUUAAUUCGUGAUGAUAAUUUUGAACUUACUAAACGAGAUCAAUCGAUUUUAUCAUUGAUUGUCCUACCACAUAUCAAGAAGAAUAAACAAUUUAUACGAAUAUUAAAAGUGGGGAAUAUGAAACAAAAAGUGGAUGAUGGUCUUGCUACUCGAACCUCUAUUUAUUCAAUAUUAUCACAAAUGGAUAAAUUACCAUAUAAUGUUGAAUGUAAAAUAUUAGAAGAAGUUGUAAUUCAUGGUUUAAAGGAUAAGAAUAGCACGAUACAAUAUUUAUCAGAAAAGAUAGUUGAAAAAAUUUUAAGCAAUUAUUACAACACUAUUCAAGGGUUAGCACAAGGUUGGUAUCAAGUUGCAAUCAUGAACAAAUUAUUAGAUAUAAUAUAUGGAUCAUCUACUAUAUCCUCGAUGGAAACAUCUGCAUUGUCAAAUAUUAUCGAUACUUACCCAUCUACCCCUCCAAAGCGCGAUGACUAA